GAAUAUUAAUAGGCAUUCUCACUCUCAAAAUUGAAACUGAAACGCAAAUAAGAAUGAGGCGUUAGGAAGGAGAGGGCACGGGUGGCAAAAGUGUGAAAACCAAGAAAACCGUCUUGUAGUAGUAGUAGUAGCCAGCCACAACCAUUAUUCAUUGCAUUCAUCCUCCUCAGUCCUCAGCUUUUUAUAGUAUUUUCUGUUGUAGCACCCAGCCAGAAAAGCACUAUCACAACCAUCAUUACCAUUAUUUCAAACCUGCAACAGAUUCAUCCUUUGCUGUAUUUUAUUCUUCAAAUGCCGUAACCGACUGAAAAGAAAUUUCACAUAUAAAAUUCAAUUUAGGAAGAAGAAGAUGAAAUUGUAACAAUUCAUUUCAAAAUUCCUCCGAUUUCGCUACAACCGCAGGAGGACAAAUGGCGUUUCAGCGGCGGCGCCACCACCAUUACCAACGCUGCGGCCGUAUGAUUCCACUGAUCUCCGCCGUCGCCGCCGCUCUACUCUUUCUCUUCGCUCUCCUUUCCUUUUUAGCUCCUACUCCGAUCGAUACUGAUCAUAUGCACCACCACAGACAACAAUACGCCUCGUUCAAUGUUCAAGCGGAUGAUGAUGCGAUUGGAAAUCCUGUCGAUGACGCGAUUGGAAAUCCUGUGUUUCGCAUUCCGAGUGACGGAGGGAAGCUAGGUCGAGAUGUGUGGAGUUCUAGAAAUUCGGAGCACUUCCACGGCUGCAGCAAUGCCAGCAGCAAGUUUCCAAAAGCUCGAGAGAUUACGCAUCCGAAUCGGUAUUUGUUGAUUGCAACCAGUGGAGGCUUGAAUCAACAAAGAACUGGGAUAACAGAUGCUGUUGUUGCUGCGCGAAUUUUGAAUGCGACUCUUGUAGUGCCAAAAUUGGAUCAACGAUCUUACUGGAAAGAUUCUAGUAACUUUUCAGAGAUCUUUGAUGUUGAUUGGUUUAUAUCGCAUCUGUCCAAAGAUGUCCAAAUUAUCAAGCAACUCCCAAGUAAGGGUAAGAAACCAUUAUCUGCAUACAGCAUGCGUGUUCCAAGGAAGUGUAGUGAAAGAUGCUAUAUAAAUCGUAUAUUACCCGUGCUCCAGAAAAAGCGUGCUGUUCAGCUCAACAAGUUUGACUACAGACUUGCAAAUAGGUUGGAUACAGAGUAUCAGAAGUUGAGAUGUAGAGUUAAUUACCACGCUUUGAAAUUUACCAACCCUAUACUAACAAUGGGUGAAAAAUUGGUCCAUCGGAUGAGGAUGAAAAGCAAGCAUUAUAUUGCACUGCACCUCAGAUAUGAACCUGAUAUGCUUGCAUUUUCUGGAUGUGAUUAUGGUGGAGGCGAGAAGGAGCAGAAGGAACUGGGGGCAAUAAGGAGGAGGUGGAAGACACUACAUAAAAGCAAUCCUGAUAGGCAAAGGAGGCAGGGAAAAUGCCCAUUAACCCCAGAAGAAGUUGGUCUCAUGCUAAGAGCCUUGGGCUAUGGUUCUGAGGUUCAUAUUUAUGUUGCAUCUGGGGAAGUUUAUGGUGGGGAAGAAACAUUGGCACCUCUCAAAGCUUUGUUUCCUAAUUUCCAUACAAAAGAAACCAUUGCUACCAAGGAAGAACUAGGACCAUUUUCUUCAUUUUCUUCUCGCAUGGCUGCACUCGACUUCAUUGUUUGUGAUGAAAGUGAUGUUUUUGUGACCAAUAACAAUGGUAAUAUGGCUAAAAUAUUAGCUGGGCGAAGGAGAUACUUUGGGCACAAACCUACCAUUCGUCCAAAUGCUAAAAAAAUCUACCGGUUGUUCUUGAGCAGAAGUAAUAUGACUUGGGAAGUUUUUGCUUCUGGUAUCCGUACUUUUCAGAAAGGCUUUGUGGGGGAGCCAAAGGAGGUUAGACCAGGUAGAGGCGGGUUUCAUGAGAAUCCACAUACCUGUAUAUGUGAAGAUUCUGGGGCUAAAGUGGACAAAAAUUCUGGACCAAGAAAAUUUGGGAAGGAUAGUAUACCCCAGAAAAAUGUAGCAAACGAAGAGGUUGAUGUUGAAGAUGACGAUGACGAUGACAAUGAUAUGAAUGAAAUACCAGAGAAGGAUAUGUUCAAUGAAACAACGUCGGACUAUGAAACUCUCAACUUUGAGGAUCCUGAGUUGGAGGAAAUUGUGUCAGAUUAGUGAGGCUGUUGUUUUCAGCGCUGAUUACGUUUUUGUCACCUUCAUUAUGAUUCUCUGCCUUCACCACACUAUCCCCUUAAGCAGCCUGCUCAAUUUGAGAAACAGAGAUUUGAGAAACAGAGAAGAGCACAUAUUUCUUCUCAAUAGUAGCUGAGCGGAACUUCAAGUGGAGGCUAUGGUCAGAAGAGAUCUCAAAUUUAAUCAUACAAACAUUUUGUACAUUUUUAAGUUGAUGCUGGAUUUUGGAGGUUUCGGAACUUAUAUUUAAAUAUGUAAAGAGGCGAUCACAAGUGGUCAAUGAGAGUGGAGUUGGAGCGACAUCUAGCUGCAUUUGAGCUUUGUUAGGAUGUAGGAAAAUCUGUAUAUCUUUGUCUUAGGAAAAUGGUUAAAGUUGUUAGGCGUACUCAUGGACGUUCAUGUUUUUCUUUGACAUUAAUGCAGUCAACUUCAAUUAUAGAGGUAACAGCAUGCAAGCUUUGAUUUUAC